UCAACAUCGGUUUUCCUGCAACUGGUGCAAACCAUUCUAGCAGUACAGUGCAGUCUCAACAAUAAGAACAAUUAUCCAACGGAUCGUUCGGGAGAAAUCGCAGAUAACAAUAUUGAAUUCGAUUUUAUCAUCGUGGGUGCCGGAACUGCAGGAUCAGUAGUAACUAAUCGUUUAACGGAAGUAGAAAACUGGAAAGUGUUACUGAUCGAAGCUGGAGAUGAUCCUUCGCCUGUUAGCAAAAUCCCUGGGUUAUUCGCACAUUUGAUAUCAUCGCCGGAAAGUUAUGCUUACGACACUGAAUUCGAUGAACGCACUUGCCAAAGUUACAAAAACAAAAUCUGCACAUGGCAUACGGGUAAAGCUCUCGGUGGUAGCUCCGCAAUAAACGGUAUGCUCUACAUUCAGAGUAACGAAGAGGAUUACAAUGAGUGGUCCCGGAUGGGAAACGAAGGAUGGAGCUACGAGGAGAUUUUACCAUAUUUUAGAAAAUCACAAAACUGCGACGGUGUACACACUGACGAGUGGAGAAAAAAGUAUUGCGGUCACGGUGGACCAUUGUAUAUCAGAUAUUUUAAUUGUAGCGUCACAGAUAUGCAAAAAAUGUUUAUGGACGCUGCUCGUGAACUGAAUGUACCUAUAUUAGAAACCAUCAACGGUAACAAAUAUAUUGGAUACGGCAUGGCUCAGGGAACUUUGAAUGAAGGUCGCAGGAUGAGUACGCCAGAGGCUUUCUUAUCGCCGAUUAAAAACAGGAGCAAUCUGUACGUGAUGAAGUCAACCCGGGCCGACGCUGUUCUCCUGGAUGGCACUCGUGCGAUCGGAGUACGCGUGACUCUGAAGGAUGGCAGGUCGAUCGACGUGAAAGCAUCAAAGGAAGUGAUUUUAUCCGCCGGCAGUAUCGCCAGUCCACAACUGCUCAUGCUCUCCGGUAUCGGGCCUAAGCAGCAUCUGCUCGAAAUGGGAAUACCGAACGUUGUUGAUUUGCCAGUCGGCAAAAAUCUUCAAAAUCAUGUCGGUUGGCCAGGUUUACAUUUAGCUUACAAGAACGAGAGCGCGACACCACCAUCGCCUACAUUUAUAUUGGACGAAGCUUAUCAAUAUUUGAUACAUAAACAAGGUAUUUUGGCAGCCAACGGUGGAUUAAAUUUUGUAGGUAAUGUCAAUGUAAAUGAUGCGAACUCCAAAUAUCCCGACACACAGAUUUAUCACUUCCACUAUCCACGAUGGCAUGUAGAUAAUAUGAACACAAUUUGGAAGGCAUUUCCAGCAGAUGAGGAGAUAAAGCAGAAUGUAUUGAAAAUGCUUCAGGAAUUUGAUAUGGCGGUAUUCAUGCCGUGUGUAUUAAAGCCGAAGAGCUCGGGUGAGUUGCGGCUACGUAGCAAGGAUCCCGCGGUUCCUGUUAAGAUCUAUGCGAACACUUUCUCCCAGCAAGAAGAUGUUGAAACGAUGAUGAAGGCCUUAGACUUCAUAAAGAAAAUGCUGAAGACCGAGACAUUUACACGACGAGGAGUAUGGCUGUAUCAUUUGGACAUUCCAGGUUGUCGACACACUGAACCUGAUACGGAUGAGUAUUGGUUAUGUAACUUGCGACAUAUGUCUACCAUGAUCUUCCAUCCCGUUGGUAGCGUUAAAAUGGGUCCAAGAAACGAUCCUACGUCAGUAGUGGACGCUAGAUUAAGAGUACACGGAAUGCAAGGUCUGAGAGUCAUCGAUGCAUCUAUCAUGCCGACAAUCACCAGCGGAAACACGAUGGCGCCUACGAUAAUGAUAGGCGAAAAAGGCGCGGAUUUAAUUAAGGAGGAUUGGGUAGCUGUAAAGGACAAGCAAGAAUUAUAGAAAGGAGUACAGUAACGUUACGUGUUAUCGGCGUUUAUCAUAUAGAUAUAUAUAUAUGAAACUUUACGGUUAAAGUUUCAUUUUCUCUAUCUCGUCGUGUUAUAUAUAUGACGAACUAUUAUACUGGAAAAUUUUAUUUUAUACCGUUUGAGGGUACAAACAUUAUAUAUAUUAUUUUAUCAAAUAAUUCUAUAACAUAUAUUUUAUUUUGUAAUGUAUUUUACUAUACGAAAGUGGUUUGAUAAGUAACUUAGCUUGAUAUUAAAGAUAACAAUUUGAAUU